UGUCGGUGUACAGUUGGUCGUGUAGCCUACCUACCUAUUUAAAUUAUAUUAUACUCUGUACCUAUAAUUUUAUAAAAUUAUUCAAAAUGUUUAACUUCUUAGCGUUGUUUGUGCUUGUGGUUUACGUUACCACUAGUUUUUCAAUCGCUGAUGAUUUUGAAACAGAGUUUUCGCGUUUAAUUAAUGUGAAUUCUGAUCAAGAGCAUCAGGUUUAUGGAUCCUCUGGUUCGAAUGAAGAACAUACCGUAUUUUUUCCACAAAAAUUAGAUCAUUUCAAAUCCACUGCUAGAAAUUUAUGGGAUCAGCGUUCUAUUGUAUUGAAUACACAUUACAAGAAAAAUGGCCCAUUUUUUGUUUAUUUAUUUGGCAACAAACCGGCGUCCAUCGAGUGGCUACGUAAUAGUAGAAUAAUGUCUUAUGCUAAAGAUGCUCAAGCUUUAGUGAUAGGAUUAGAGCACCGAUAUUAUGGAGAUAGUCGCCCAUUUGCGAAUACUUCAUUGGAAAAUCUAAAUUACCUCGAUGUACAACAAGCAUUAGCUGACAUCGCAUAUUUUAUCAGAACAGUGAAUGAAAUAUCUUUAGUUCCUGAAAAUACCAAAUGGGUUUUGUUUGGUGGUUUUUAUGGAGGAUCAUUGGCUGCUUGGGCUCGUUUAAGGUAUCCUCAUCUGGUGUAUGGAGCUGUUGCUUCUGGGGCUCUUAUGUCGAUCAAGUCAGAAUACCCAGAAUAUUUGGAAUCGGUCCGAAAUUCAUACUUUUCUUUCAACUACACUUGCGCUAAAAAUAUAAAAUCAGCGUUUCAACAAAUAGAAGAUUUGUUGCAAACUCAAGAAGGCAGGACUAAGAUUUCACAGCAAUUUAGGUUAUGCGGCUCAUUGGAAAGUAAUGAAGAGGAUAAAGCCAUCUUUCGAGGAAUACUAUCCGAACAAAUUGCCUUGGCUGUGGAACGAAAUCAUCGUUCUUAUGAUGAAUCAAUGUCUUCCAUCUGUUAUAUUAUGAACAGAGACUCAGAUUCAGCGCUGGAAAAUUUGAAGACUGUAAGCUCCAGGUUUUUACCUCGAGGUUAUUGUUGGUACACCAAAGAAACAUCUAUUGUUUCAGCAUACCAGAAAGUUCAUUAUGAUAGUCGUGAGCAGUCUGAUCGAUUAUGGCAGUAUCAGUUAUGUACUCAGCUUGGUCUUAAUUUACCAUCAACCAAAAGCUCUGAUAUGUUCGGGCAAUAUAAACCAGAAGCUGAAAGCUUGGCUAAAUAUUGUCAAGAUAUAUUUGGACCUGAAUACAAUCAGCAAACUAUCGAUGAGGGUGUGAAAGAAAUGGAAUUAGAAUUCGGAGGAUCAGCGUUCAAUACAAAUCGAUUAGCUUUCAUUUAUGGAUCUCAGGAUCCUUGGAGAGGCGCUGGCAUUACUGAAAAAGUCAAAAACGCUCUUUACGAUGUCGUUAAUAUUAAAGGUGCUUCACAUCUUGCUGAUUUGGAAUCAUCUCGUAAAGAUGCUGACCUAGAAAAUGGUAUUCAAGAGAUCAAAGAUAUACUGAAAUCUUGGCUGCAGCCGCAGACAUAA